UCCAGCCGAAGCUAUUCUGUAUACAAAUGCAACUACCGUCUGUUCAUUCACCAGGAGAGAGAGAGAGAGAUGGUAAACGUGGUGGCAGCAAUGAAGCCACUAAUCCACGGUCUGGUGAAACUAGCCGGGUUGAUCCCCCAGACCGUGGAGAUCGAAACAGGCACCGUUAUGAACUUCUGGGCCCCGAAAGAAACCAAACCCAAAAACCAGACCAAUACAGCGGACAGAAAACCAACCAAGCCCGUCGUGGUACUAGCCCACCCGUUUGCCGGCGACGGUAUCUUGAUGUGGUUUCCCCAAGUCCUAGCCUUAACAUCUCAAUACGCCGUUUACGUUCCCGACCUCAUAUUCUUUGGCGGCUCAACCACCUCCAGGCCCGACCGUUCGGCCGAGUUUCAGGCGGAGUGUUUAGCAAGGGGAUUAAGGAAAUUGGGGGUGGAGAAGUGCACGGUGGUUGGCCUUAGCUAUGGAGGUAUGGUUGGGUUUAAAAUGGCGGCGAUGUAUCCGGAGUUGGUUGAGGCGUUGGUGGCUUCUUCUACAGUUAUUGAAAUGACAGAGUCGAUUGCUAAUCGGAGUCAAAAGAAGAUCGGUAUAUCGCAGUGGUCGGACCUUCUUCUGCCGGAGACGGUGGAAGGUGUUAAGUUCCUUUUCACGGUUGGCCGUCACAAGUGGCCCUGGUUGCCUGAUUUCGUUUACAAGCAGUGUCUCGAGGUGCUUUUUAGCAACAGAAAGGAAAAGGGUGAACUAUUAGAGGCUCUGAUCGUCGGAGACGAAGACUCCACCAAUUUCACUACUUAUCCUCAGAGGAUCCAUUUAUUGUGGGGAGAUGAUGACAAGAUUUUCAACUUGGAUCUUGCCCAAAGCAUGAAAGAGCAAUUAGGAGAAAAGGCCACCCUACAGUGGAUAGAGAAUGCAGGGCACCUUGUUCAGCUCGAACGACCUUUUGCUUACAACAGACAUCUCAGAAGAAUUCUUUCCUCCACUUAUGAUUCCCAACAAUAUCAAAGGAAUUGACUUUCGCGCUCUUAUCUGUAAUAUAUAUUUUGUCUUUGUUAAUGUGAAUUUACCAUAGUAUUAGUACCCUACAUAUGUGAAAAAAUGAUGAAUAAAAACUGCCAAAAGGGAGUGGUCAUGAUUGGUCAAAAAUAACUUCUAAUACUCCCUCUGUUCUCAAA